AACGUGAUAAUUCUACGAUAUAUUGUGCAGCUCUACUUUCUAGUGUGCUACUUUCUAGCAACUACACACAGAAUGACAUCUCAGAUAGCUUUAGCCGUGACGCUCUCCGUCCUCAUUCUCCUCACUGUAAGUGGGAAUAUUCUGGUUUGUCUUGCUGUGUAUGUUACGAGACGCUUGCGUAACGUCACGAACUGCUUUAUCGUCUCGCUAGCGGUGACAGACUUCCUACUGGGCGCGCUCGUGCUGCCGUUUUCCACUCUCUACCAGGUUACAGGAGACUGGCCACUAGGGGCGCACUUCUGCAACAUAUACAUUUCGCUGGACGUCAUGCUUUGCACCGCCUCCAUUCUCAACCUCUUCGCCAUUAGCUUGGAUCGCUACUUUGCGGUCACCGCCCCGCUACGCUACCCAAUGCUAGUGCUUCCAUGGCGAGUCGGAGCGAUUCUAGCGAUGAUCUGGCUGGUUUCAGUGGGCGUUUCAUUCGUGCCCAUUCACCUGGGAUGGAAUACGCGUGAUUUAAGCGUACAAAAUAUUCGCGAGGGAGACCCUGCUAGAGACUGUAGAUUUGAGCUGAAUCCGACGUACGCCAUAGUGGAUGCUUUCUCAACGUUUUAUCUCCCCCUGCUGGCCAUGUGUUGGAGCUACCAUCGAGUGUUUCGCAUCGCGAGGAUGCAAGCGAAACGGAUUAUUUCUACGCGACGGGGUUCAACCUCUUCCCAGGGUGUGACGAUUCUUACUUUGCGUGAACAUAAAGCGACGGUGACUCUCGCAGUAGUGCUUGGUGCGUUCGUAGUGUGCUGGUUUCCAUAUUUCACGUUUUUUACGAUAAUGGGAAUACGUAAUGAAGAAAACCCUCCGCAGACUGCACAGUCUGUCGUGCUUUGGCUAGGAUAUGCCAACUCUGCUUUAAACCCUGUACUUUACGCCACACUAAACAGAGACUUCAGAUCUGCCUAUGCUAAGCUGUUGUGUGGAGGGAGACGAUGUAAAACAGGGACAAAAAUACCAACGGCUGCAAUGGAGGCGGGGCUAAUGACUGAACACCCCCAUUCUUCAAAAGAGGCUGGGCUUCUGCCUAGAACUUGUGUACUUCUGCAAGACUCUGAAAACUGGAAAGAGGGCGGGAACAGUGCUACAAAUGGUGCUACGGUUACUAUCGUAGCUAAUAGGAGUAAAAGGUAG